AUACUUCCAACUGGCGGUACGUUCGAAAUUGGUGACAUUUUUGCACGUGUUUGCUCUGAUAUUCAUUUGCUGCUUAUAGGCAUAUAAUCCCUUUAAUUAUGGUCCAGAUUUCUAAAAAACGUGUUCGUUGAAACACAGUUGUUUUAGAUAGUGCCUUAACCUCGGUUAUAACUGCAUUACCACCCUGUAAUACAGCAUUAACUACUAGCUCACAAAAUGGCUUGAGUGCAAUUCUCACUCCUGUGAUACAGAUGAAAGAUGUUCUGUUAGAGAACUCUGAGAUCUGUAAAUUAGACCUCCUUGUGAAAGAUAUCCAAAGGCAAGUAAAUGAACUUCGGGAAAAAUUAGGUCAGUUUGAUAGAAUGUCACUGCCAAUGUCAAAUAUCAUGGAGAGCAGUUCUGAUAUUGGCCAGGUUAAGUCUUUACUGAAUGCAACUCAAAACAAGCUUUCGGAUUUAGACCCAAUAGCCUGUCUGUUAAGAAAGCAUCCUAAAAUGUCUCCAGACACCCUAAAUAAGGCUGAAAAUCUGAUUGACUGCUUGGCUGCGGAGGUGAUGAAGCGUAUAACCUCUUCUCACCAGGCUAUAGUUUACAAUGUCCCAGAUUCUCUUCCUCUGAAGACUGUUAAACACAAAAUCCUGAUUUGUUGCGGCAUGGCCAGUGUUCCAUGUGAAUGCAAAAGACUUCGUAAAAAGUCUCACCAGGCUAACUGUCCCAUUAUUUUUAAGUUCAGUAAUUCCCUUGAUUCUAGUAAGUUUAUUAAAUGUCAGGAUCACCUAAGACUGAACAGUAGUUAUAAGUCUAUGACCAUAGCUCAGGAUAAAACACCUUGUCAGCGCAGAAUAAUGCGCAGUAAUAACCUGGCCACCUCCUCUAGCUUAGAAUUACCCAAAAGCUAUCGUGCACAGCAACAGUCACCUAAUGCUGACAUUAGCAUUCAGCAAACCACACAACAACCACGCAUGGCAAUGGAACUAGGAACUGAUUUAGAUACCAGUACCCCUGUAAAUAACGUCUCACCGAAAGAUGUUAAAAUAGGUAGAACUGCUGCAAGCUAUUCUAAGAUAUUCUUACCCAAACGUGGUGACCUCACCACAAUGAACAAAUUUCGCCGGGUUGAGACUAAUGAUGAGGAAGAAUACUUUGUAUUCAAU